AUGCCAUUUACUAUGGUUUCAAGGUUAUUUUUUUCCUUUUACUUCUUAAAACGUCUCCUUUCACACGGGAUUCCCGUUUGUCUGUCUGUCUUUCUAUCUAUCUAUCUAUCUAUCAUACCUAUCAUAUCUAUCUAUCUAUCUAUCUAUCUAUCUAUCUAUCUACGUGCCUUCUAUCACAUCUGUCUAUCUAUUUAUCUCAGUCUAUCAUAUCUAUCUAUCUAUCUAUCUAUCUAUCUAUCUAUCUAUCUAUCUAUCUUAGUCUGUCAUAUCUAUCUACCUAUCUAUCUAUCUCAGUCUGUCAUAUCUAUCAAUAACUUCAUCUUUUUCUAUCCAUUCAUCUCUUCAUGUUCAUUCUACUGUGACCUUUCCAUGGUUAAUGUCGUUAUAAUAUCUUUCUCUUACCGUCUCUUUCCCCGUCUGUGUUUGGGUGUGUCCGGGCCUGUCUGUAUCAUUGAGGAGACCUAA